UCGGCAGUCAAAAAGAAACUGCCGUGCUGGGCGGACGUGUAGAAGAGUCGCUCCUGAAAGCAACUAGACAUUCUGCUGUAAAUGGCAAACUAAUAUGUUUUAAAUUGAUUAAUUCACAAUUAAUAGAAUUUAAUUCGUGCGCGGCGUUGAGGAAAUAAACGGUUCUUCUUAACUCGGUGUGUGUUUACAUUGCCCGGUGUGUGUGUGCGCGAAACGGAAAUAAAAAAUAAACAAGAGCGACAGCAACAACGCCAACAACAACAGCAACAUCAGCGAGAGCAAAGCAACGCAACAAGAAGUGCAAGCAAAAGUGAAAAGGAAGACGAAAGAGGAAAUGCCAAAGUACAACAACAAAUACACGAACAAAACGCCAGAGUGCAAGUGCAUCGCGUGAGUGUCUUACAGUGUGCGUGUGCGUUUGUGUGCCCGCGUCUGCCUGUGUGUGCGUGCUGCUGAGGCGGCGGCGGAAGUAAAAACGCUUGACUUCGCCUUCUUCUUAUUCAUUUGCUCCGCUUUACGGCUGGCAUUUGUCGCAGAACGAAGCGAAAACAAAAACAAAAACAGAGAGCCUGGAUUAGCCCCAAAAGCACACAACCACCGCCCACGCGGCGCCCCUCACCAAAAGGAAACAGCAACACAAACAACAAUGGCAACUUGGCGCGACGCCCUCUUCGUCAUCAGCAGAUAACAACAAGAACAACAUCGAAUUAACAGAAACAAAACCAAAAACAAAAAUAAAACAAGAAAGCGAAGCAAAAGCUAAAGCAUUCUGGGAUCUGGACAUAUCCGCUUCCGCGUUGCUUCUGUCGCUAAAAAGCUCAAGAAUCGAAUCCGAAGCCCAACGCAAACAGACAAAUUCACUCACUCACCUUACAGUACGUAACCACAGUGCACAGUGGAGCAAACAGGUAACUAAAAUAUUCUAUACCUAUUCUAUGCUUGUGAAAGUUGGUCGGGCCAAAUUUAUAACACCGCUUAAAAGCAAUUCCAGUGGCUUCCACUAACCCACUGAUACGGAUCCGCUGACCGGGACAAUUCCUUACACACUGUGGCUGCAUGUCCAAAAUGAAAAUGCUCCCAGUACAGUUAUCAUUGAACUCGCUGAAUCCCGGCAUCUGGAGCGAUGUGCUGUGGCGCUGUCCCCCAGCGCCGUCCAGCCAGCUGGCGGAGCUUAAGACGCAACUGCCCCCAUCCCUGCCUUCCGAUCCGCGCCUCUGGAGCCGCGAGGAUGUGCUUGUCUUCCUGCGGUUCUGCGUCCGCGAAUUCGAUCUCCCCAAACUUGACUUUGAUCUCUUCCAAAUGAACGGCAAGGCGCUGUGCUUGCUGACGCGGGCGGACUUUGGUCACCGGUGUCCUGGGGCAGGAGAUGUGCUCCACAAUGUGCUGCAGAUGUUGAUCAUAGAGUCCCACAUGAUGCAGUGGCACCUGCCUAAUAGUCCAGUGACGCCCACCAGUCGUUAUCCCCUGUCGCCGCACAGCCAUCCGCCGACGCCCACGUGGCCACCGCUGAAUGCUCCUCCCGAGAACAGUCCCUUCCACAGUUCUGCUCACAGUCUGGCAGGCCACCAUUUUAUGGCGCCUAACUCGGUUACGCUGAGUCCUCCGCCCUCGGUGGAUUCCCAGGCGAGUAGUCCUCCCCAGGCACCUUACCAAAAUGGAGGAGCCACUGGAGCAGCACCAGGAUCAGCAGGAGGAUCAGCACCAGCUGCAGGAGGAGCCACAAACACCAGCAAUCCCACGUCGUCGAGUGCCAGCAGCACCGGCAGCAAUGGCUCCCAGCCGAACAUUAUGCCCAUGAAGGGUAUUAGCAGUGCCAGCAGUAAUCACUCUGAUUCCGAGGAGGAGUACUCUGAGACCAGUGGUGGAGUGAGCAAGAUGCCACCAGCACCACUGUCCUACAGCACGGCCAGUCCGCCAGGAACACCCAUACUGAAAGAUAUUAAGCCGAAUUGGACGCAACAGCUCACGAAUAGUUUUGUGAACUCAUGGUCCCAGCAGCAGCAACAGCAGCAGCAGCAACAAGCUGCUGCAGUGGCCGCAGUAGCUGCUCAGGCGCAGCAGCACCAGUUGCAGCAGCAGCAGCAGCAACAACAAUUGCCCCAGAAGCUGACCCUGGAUAAUACUGCUGGUCCAGUUGUGACCCCUGCUGGAGGAUCCAUCUCCGCACCUACCACGCCCAGUUAUAUGUACAAAGCAAAGAGGGAGUUCUUCCCCGAGAAUUCUGAGCCCAAUACAAAUGGCCGCCUGUUGUGGGACUUCUUGCAACAGCUGCUGAACGAUCGCAACCAGAAGUACAGCGAUCUGAUAGCCUGGAAAUGCCGCGAUACGGGAGUCUUCAAGAUCGUCGACCCCGCCGGACUGGCAAAGUUGUGGGGCAUCCAGAAGAACCAUCUGUCCAUGAAUUACGACAAGAUGUCGCGUGCCCUGCGUUAUUACUACAGGGUAAACAUACUGCGCAAAGUGCAGGGCGAGCGACAUUGCUAUCAGUUUCUGCGCAAUCCCACGGAACUGAAGAACAUCAAGAAUAUAUCGCUUUUGCGUCAAUCGACACCGGCGAAUGGCAAUGGCGGCAGUCCAUCAAUGCCACAGGGUAGCAGUCAGGCACCUGGAAGUCCGGCUGGCCAAAACUGGAAUCCCCAGCAGCAGUCCCAGCAGCAACAACAAUCACCACAGCGGCCCGCCUCGCGUAAUGGUCCCAUGAGCCUGCCCGCCGUUGCAGCGGUAGCAGCAGCGGCUGCUGCGGCCUAUGGUCCACCACCCACAUCGCCGCUCUUCAUGCACGCCAUCAAUGGAGCCUUCCACUACCUUUCGGCGGCGGCAGCUGGUCCGCCACCCAAUUCCCCUGCCCUAAACACACCAUCCGCUGUUGGAGGACCCGACAAGUUCCAGUUCCAUCCCCUCAAGCUGGAGAAUGGCUCGGGAUCGGGUUCGGAAAGCGCUGGCGAGGAUCUGAAGCCCACGGACCUCAGUGUGAGCAGCAAGAGCACUGCUACCAGCAACGAGGACUGUUAUCCACUCAUUCGCAACGCUGACGGCCUGACGACCAUCAAGUUAAUACGAUACAACGAACACCAGGUAGCCGCUUCGCCAGCGGGGCAGUCCCCUAAGCACGAUGACCAGCAGGCAGGCGCCUCCAAUGCCAGCAGCUCACCCAGGCCCAUGGAUCAGGCCAGUGAACAGGCACAGCCAGUGCCGAUGGAAAGCGAUUGCAAUGGCGGCGAGUCGGAGGACUCCUUCCGACACAUGCAGCAGUAGGAGGAGAAGUGUCCUGAGACAAUCACCGCACUACAUCCAUCUUCCACUCCCUCCUGAACACACACAACAUUACCUGAGCUAAAUAAUGUGGGACCAGCACAACAAGCGCACAGACACAUAGACAGACACUCUGCUGGAUAAAAUUCUGGAUGCCUUUCGGUUAGGAUGGGUCGCUUAGAAUGCAAUCGAAACGGAAAACUCAUUAUUGAAGAUUGUGUAGCAAUUUCAUUUCGAAAUUUAAGAGAAAUUAUGAAAACCAUCUUGUAUUUCUUUCUUACACAAACUUGAUAUUCAAUAUUCAAUUCAAUUCAAUUCUUGAUCAAAGGCUUCUUCUAACCAUUGCUGCUUUAUACUUUCUUUGCGGCUGUCAAACGACCUUUCCGACUUUCUGUACAUAGAAAUCACAUCUGCAUAAACCAACAAACAAUCAUACAUAAAUACAUUUAUUUUAUACAUCAAGCGUAUUUAUUAAGCUAAGCUAAGCAAGAGCAGAGUGCAUGUAAUUUCGUUGUUGUAAGUAGAUUUCUUGAGCCGGCGCAGCGCAGCCUUCGAUUAUGUGCCAAUUUCUACAUUUAUCAAACAAAAACAUAAACAAAAAUAUGCCUAACCAUAAUCAAUCGUAUAAGUAAUAAGUAGCGAAUAAGGAGUAGAAAUUAGCCAGUAGCUUAGACCGUAAGUGUUGCCACCUUUGAGCUUUACAAAUGUUGCCUCAACAAUGGUUUCAAAUUUAUGAAAACGAAAAAAAAGAACAAAAAACAAACAAAUAUUGUUAAAAUCUAAAGAGAGAAUGUGAAGGAAAUAUGAAAUUUGAAUUGUUGUCGAAAUUGUUAAUUAAUAUACAAAUCAGCAUAGAAAGAGUUUUUGUAUACAACAAGACAAAUUGAUUUCGUGUGAUAACAACAGAAUUAUCUUUGAUUCACAUUGGCUGAAUGCUAACGAAACCAGAGCAGUUCCAAAAAGCCAUCCUGCAACAGUUUGGCGAUCCUUCGUGCGAGGAUGGGUCUGCUCUUGCUUCAAGAUCAGCCUGGAAAAAGAGCUUUCAAAAUUCAAUUUCAAUUGAGCCCCUAGCCCUAGAUACACUGCAACAAGAAACACGGAUAGAAAAACAUUGGCUUCCAUUUUAAUAUAGCAAUGAUGAUACACACAAGCAUAUAUGUAUACACAUUAGUUUUCUAUUGCUCUUAAUUUUAUUUUUAUUAUUUGUACGCUAGUUUAAGUGGCUGCAAUCGCUGUGGCAGCAAAUGAAGGUGUUCAUUUAAGCAUUAACAACUUUAGUUUGUAAAACGCUUACGAUCUUACCACCACACUUCCACAACCCACCACCACCCACAACGCACUCACCCGCUAAAAACACAAUGAAACAAUAGAAAAUGUACAUUUGAAGCACUUUAUUAAUUACAUUAAACGGAAUGAACAGAGUUAGGAGAAGAUAUCAUCGCUGCACGUUCAUACAAUUAGCCUGUAGUGCAACUGUAAUUAUUAAUUAUUGUGUAGAUCUACGCUAAAGUUAAUUUUCUAUUUGUUUUUCGUACGCCUUAAGUUUAAACACCGCCAAUAGCUAAUAAUUAGCACUCUAGUGUCGCCACAAUACCUGUUCUUCCAUUGAAAACGUUAUCUUUCGAUCAAUACAUAAUUUAUAUAUGUAUAAAAAAGGAAACAAAUUUAUAUGCAAUAAAUAAAU